CGAAGGGAAAACCAGAGCGACAAGGGCGGAUUUUGUGGGGCCCUUCAAAGGGCUCCUCCACCAAUGCCGGCGGCUCUGACUAGGAAGUUGGCGAAUCGAGAGUCUUCAGCAGUUAGCAAGGUGAAAGUGAUGCUUCGAGUAACCGGAUCAGCUCGUGAUACCUCGUGCUUCUCCGUGGACAAGAAGCGUCGUCAGGUAUCCUUGCAGGACCCGUCUCCGAACACCAAUGCGACUUCGGCUUCGGCCGACACUUCGCCUCCAGGAAGUGCGCCCACGGCCGAUGAUCGGAGGCCUGGAGUCGCAGCUCCCAGGAUGUUCGCCUUCGACGCUAUAUUCGAUCAGGAGGAUGAACAGAUGGAUGUUUGUGGAACUGCCUUAAGUGAUAUUGUUCAUGCUGUCCUAGAAGGAGCUGAUGGUUGUUUAUUAGCCUUGGGACAUCCUGGAGCUGGACAAUCAACAAGUAUGUUGUCAACUCGUAUCGGGGCUUUAGGGGCUAUCCCCUGUGCUAUUUCCUGGCUCUACAAGGGAAUUGCUGACCGGAGGCAACGAUCAGGAGCCAGGUUUAGCGUUCGUGUCAGCGCCAUCGGACUUUCGCCUGCACAUGGAUCUCCUCCUUGUGAUUUACUAUCGGCGCACGCCACUGAAUCAGAUGAAUCUCCAGGUGUAUAUUUACGAGAAGAAUUAUUGGGAGGUCCAACGGAACUUCGAGCUCCUACUGCUGAAAGGGCUGCUCUUUUUUUGGACGCAGCUUUGGCCAGCAGAUCGCAACAUCAACAGCAAAAUCAGCAAAGUUCGGGCCAAGAUCCUGCUCUGCUUUUUACCCUGCACGUGUAUCAGUAUAGUCUUGCUGGAAAAGGAGGAGUUGCUGGUGGUAGAAGUCGCCUACACUUGAUAGACCUUGGAUCCUGCGCAGGCCGCGGGUCUCGUCUGCCCUUAUCAGGGCUGAGCAAUGUCCUUCUGGCUGUUUUGAGUGGCCAACGUCAUCCACCUCACAGAGACCAUCCCCUGACACCUCUGCUAAGGGAUUGUCUACAACCCUUAUCUUGCAGAGUGACGGUUCUGGCUCACGUGGCACAUUCGCAGUGUCACAGUGACGCUCUGACCACUGUCCAGAUUGCUUCAAGGGUUCAUAGGAUGAGGAGGCGUGUGUUAAAACAAGUCAAUUGUACAACGUCUGACGACCACAAACAGCAGAGUGAACCUGAUCCAUCAAGCAGUGACUUGUCUGCAGAUACUGUUAUUUAUUUAGGACCUGUUGAUGAAGCUACUGAUGGUGAACAUCCACCUGUCUAUUUACCUGGAAUCAAUUCCGGAGAUAAUAGAUGCGCCAUGGGAAAAGCUUUGCGGGGUUCUGGUGCAGAAAUAAAGUUAUCUAGGUUACCGCCUACACAUAAGAAAGUGACUUCGUCACCUGCAAAAUCUUCACCCGCCAAAAAGAAUGUCCAAAAAGAUCAAAUUUUAAGUAGUCCUGCAAGAAGUAGUCAUAAAGGUAGCGAAGAACAGUGGAUCGAUGGGCCGAGGGUGUCUAAAUCAAAAGUUGCUGAAGCUAGGUGCAUGAUGAAAUUACACUCCGACCAGAUCAAACAACACGAAACCUGGAUAGACGGUCCAGCGAUUAAACUUCCAGUAACGCAUUCGACUGGUGGUUAUGGUUUUAUGGACAGCCACAAAAAAUCCAUGAUACGACAAUGGGUUGAAAAUUCCACUUCACAACUGCAAAGCAAACGUACUCCUACUAGAUCAUAUUUACCUACUCCAACUAGUCUACCUAUUGCAAAUCACGAAGAGAUGUUAGAAAUUGAAGUUACGGAAAAGAAAACAAAAAUUGAAGAAAGUGUUGUGAAAACUGGUCUUCGCGAGAUGAAACCAAGUGAUGCUAUCAAUGAGCAAGUUGAUGAGGAAGAUAGUAGUGAGGAAGGACCUUCAGAAAUUCCUCCUGCGUUGGAACUAAUCAGGCCUUUAUCUACAGAUAGUUUGAAUGUUUGCAACACACAAGACUCUUGUUUGCAAGUGACUGAAGAUGACAUCGCAAGAUGUAUGUCGGUAAAGGAUCAUCCUUUGAGUGCUUUGAGUUUUAGUGAUGUCACAGCUGUGUCUAGUUUCAAUGGUAUUUAUGAUACAUUCAGCGAGUGUGAUAUAGAUGAAAAUUCCCGAAGGCAUUUUGAUCAACUAGCCAAGUUACGAGAACUUUUCCAGUCCCAACUGGCAAUGGCUGAGGUUACUCCACAUUAUGGUGCCAGCAGUGUUUAUAGUGAGCCAGUAUAUAGAAGAGCUGACGGCAACGGCAGUGUUUACAGCGAACCUGCAUACAGAAUGUACGGAAAAUCAGAGUCCAAACCAGAUCUUGUGAUUGAUCUAAAUAUGGCAAACGAACUGUGUAAUCUGAGACAACCAGAUGGCGCUUCUGAUCCUAAUAUAAACGAAGACUUAUCACUGCCAAUUGUGAGUUUAGUCUCCGUAGAUGCACCAGAUGUCAUUUGUUCUUCUUCUGCCAUCAUAGUACCAGUCCAGCAACAAGAACUGUAUGACAGUGGUCACGAGUCUACUCCAAGGGCUUCUAAACAUUCCGGGAUUUCCAGAAGAGCGGAAAGCGGUUACGACAGUGUGGCUUCUAGUAGUGUGGUCAAUGCAAAUAUGAGUUACCAUAAAACUCCAAAAAAUACCAAAGUGAAAUGUAAAUACCAAGGUGAUAAUAAAUCUUUUUGUAGCUGGCUGAGGAAUCCAUUUACCUGCGCGAAUCCUGAGACUGAUGCUGAAUUUUACUUGGACAGUCUGAUAUCGAGCAGUAGUGAUAUUAGUAAUCACUUAUUUUAAAUUGCUAUAUAUCUUAAAAACCUGAAUGACAUAUAUGAAAUAUUUAACAAUUAGAUUUCCAAUUCGACCCUGGCCCUUUCUAUAUCUGUUCACAAGUUCUAUAAGAUUGUUAGACGCG